AUGCCGCGGGGGCGGGGGGCGAUCUCCCUGGGCCAGUGCCCGCCCUGGGCAGCCCCCACUGCCCCCCGCAGGGGUCCCGGGGUCAAGAGCCUGGUGGGAGAGGCAAUUUUGAAGGGCUCCCCGGCGCAGGAAGGCAGCGGAGAGGAAAAGGGCCGGAGAUGCCCCCGCAGGAAGGGCUCCAAAGCCAGCCCAGGGUGCUCUGAGGAGGAAAGAGCUAGCGUGUGCCGGGAAGGUGACCGGAGCUUGAGCCGGAGCUGCAAACUGGUGGUCCCUGAGCAACCUCCCAGCAGGGAAAAGUCCUUCAGGUGCUUGGAAUGUGGGAAGAGCUUCAGCAAGAGCACCAACCUCCUCAGGCACCAGCACAUCCACACUGGGGAACGGCCCUACACAUGUGGGGAGUGUGGGAAGAGCUUCAGGCAGAGCUCCACUCUCUGCACCCACCGUCGCAUCCACACUGGGGAAAGGCCCUACAAGUGCUUGCAAUGUGGGAAGAGCUUCAGCACGAGCACUAACCUCUUUAAGCACCAGCACAUCCACACUGGGGAAUGGCCCUAUAAGUGCUUGGAAUGUGGGAAGAGCUUCAGCAAGAGCACCAGCCUCCUCAGGCACCAGCACAUCCACCCUGGGGAAAAACCCUACAUGUGUAGGGAAUGUGGGAAGAGCUUCAGUCGGAGCUCCCACCUGCUCCGACACCAGGUGAUCCACACUGGGGAAAAGCCCUACACAUGUGGUAAAUGUGGGAACAGCUUCAGCCAGAAGUCCUGCCUGAUCCGCCACCAGAUCAUCCACACUGGAGAACAACCUUACACAUGUGGGGAAUGUGGGAAGAGCUUCAACCGGAGAUUCAACCUCCGCACCCACCUGGGCCUGCACUCCAGGGAACGGCCCUACAAGUGCUUGGAAUGUGGGAAGAGCUUCAGCCAGAGCUCCCACCUGAUCCACCACCAGAAGAUCCACAGUGGGAAACGGCCCUACAAGUGCCCCAAGUGUGGGAAGAGGUUUAGGACCAGCUCCCAUCUCCUCAUGCAUGAGCAGACACACACGGGGGAGAGGCCCUUCCGCUGCAGCGACUGCAGGAAGGGCUUCAAACGCAACUCCCACCUCAUCAUCCACCGUCGCAUCCACACUGGGGAGAGGCCCUACAAGUGCGAGGAGUGUGGGAAGGGCUUCACCCACAGCUCUGCCUUGACCUCCCACCAACGGACCCACCAGUAAUGGAAGCCCUAUGUGUGGCCCCAACUGCGGGAAGAGCUUCGGCCGCUGCUCCAACUCCAGCAGCCAUGAGAGGAACGGC